AGCCCGCCAAUGUGCAACGCCAAUCGACUUGCGUAACGCGCGCACCUUGAGGAUACCGUGGAUGUUUUGGUGAGCUAAGUGAUACCGACGACAGCACCACCUAUUGCGCCGCACUUCAACGAAGUCGUCAGUAUUCAUACACAAGCGGCGCUUGUUCAGACGGACAAACCACGACGACUCCCUCAUCCACCAACAUGGCCUCUAACCACCACGACUACCAAAACGUCUCAGGCGUCGACCUCGACGACGGCGACCUAAUCGACCCGGAUGACGCCGACCUCAACACCUUCGACGACCCGCUCGCCAGCACCACCCAACCCUCCACCUCCCGCACACCCCUAACCGGCACCAUACGGUCCUCCGCCUCCUCCUCCGCCGCCGCCGCGAACAAUAACAGGAACAAUGCAGCAAGCUCCUGGACCUCGCGCUUCCCAGGUGAAGACCGCACCUCCUCCGCCCUCUCGACUAUCGACGAGUCCGUCUGGGCCACCCUCCGCCGCGACCUGCUCGCCGUCUGGCACAAGUUGAGGGAAGUGCUCUACCCGCGGCACCUGUUCUCGUCCUGGGGCGGGACCGACUCUAUCCGCGGUGCGUACGCCAGCCUGCGGAGCGGCGGGUUGGCGAGCGCAAGGGAGGAGCUGGCUGGUCUUGCGGGGCGGGUCAUGGAUGCGGAGAGUCUGUUGGAGCAUGGGAAUGGUGGUAAUGGUGGUGGGGGUUUGAGGGAUUGGGAUUUAUGGGGGCCAUUGAUUUUUUGUUUGUUGCUGAGCACGUUGCUGUGUCUGCGCAGUCGGGAUGACCAGCGGGACAUGGUGUUCAGUGGCGUGUUUGCGAUGGUGUGGGUUGGAAUGGCGGUAGUGACGGUGCAGAUCAAGUUGUUGGGGGGAAAUAUUUCGUUUGCGUCGAGCAUCUGCGUUAUUGGGUACACGCUGUUCCCGCUGGUCAUUGCGGCGCUGCUGUCGGCGCUGAGGCUGCAUUGGAUUGCGAGGAUCCCCGUCUAUCUCGUGCUGGUGGCCUGGUCGCUGGCCGCCGGCGUGAGCAUCCUGGGAGGUAGCGGCGUCGUCAAGAACCGGGUUGGGCUGGCUGUCUAUCCGCUGUUCAUCUUCUACCUGGGUCUCGGCUGCCUGUGCUUCAUCAGCUAAGUCGAGAUGGUUGGAGAGCUGGGUGUGGGGAGCUAUGGGCGUGGUGCUGACGUGUAUUUCUGAAUCAUCCUGACAAUUGUAUCCGUAAGGGACAACGGCAUGGACUGGUGGUUAACAUCCGUAUGCGGCCCCAGGAGUGGGUUGCGUAUUCCCCCCUGAUUUCUGUUAGCGGAGACACUAUGAUAUUUCAGUCUUGCCUCAACUUCGCGUCCCUUGAUCUCUCGUGACCGCGCCGCGCAUCGUGACUGUCGGAGUGG